AACAGCCUCAACACGAAUUACCUACCGUUUGCCCUGCAGCGGCGAUCGACUGUGGUUGCCAGCGCCCCAGCGCCAGGAUCUCUCUCCAGGAUCCCGGAUUCGCCCAGCACCACCAGCAGCAGCAGCAGCAUUAGCAUAAACCACAGCCAAUCGAGCCAGCCAAACAACAGCGUCGGUUCCGAUAGCCACAGCUGGAGGCAGCCAUCCUGGCUGGACAGGAGCCCUUCGGCCACCACAGACGGAUCGGGAACUAUGUCCAUGAGCACCACCUACGACAUGAACAGCAUGAUUAGCUUGGACCACCAGCUGACGGACAAGGCGCAGCUGGUCAAGGAGGGUUGGCUGAUGAAGCGGGGCGAGCACAUCAAGACCUGGCGCCAGCGCUACUUUGUGCUCUUCUCCGACGGACGAUUGAUGGGUUACCGCAGCAAGCCGGCCGAUAGUGCCAGCACGGCCUCGGAUUCGCUGCUCAACAACUUCACGGUGCGCGGCUGCCAAAUUAUGACCGUGGAUCGUCCCAAACCAUUCACCUUUAUCAUCCGCGGCCUGCAAUGGACCACGGUCAUCGAGAGGACAUUCGCCGUGGACUCGGAAAUGGAACGCCAGCAGUGGACAGAGGCCAUUCGCAAUGUCUCCAGCCGGCUGAAUGAUGUGGGCGAGGUGGCCAUGUCGCCUUCGGUUCAGACAGACAUGACCGACGUGGACAUGGCCGGCAUUGCCGAGGUGGAGCUGUCCGAGCAGUUCUCCGUGCAGGGCACCACCUGCAACAGCAGCGGAGUUAAGAAAGUGACUUUGGAGAAUUUUGAGUUCCUAAAGGUGCUCGGCAAGGGCACCUUCGGUAAGGUUAUCCUGUGCCGCGAGAAGGCCACCGCCAAGCUGUACGCAAUUAAAAUUCUCAAAAAGGAGGUCAUCAUCCAGAAGGACGAGGUGGCUCACACUUUGACCGAGAGUCGUGUGCUCAAGUCCACAAAUCAUCCGUUCCUCAUUUCACUCAAAUAUUCGUUUCAAACCAACGAUCGCCUGUGUUUCGUGAUGCAGUACGUGAACGGCGGCGAGCUCUUCUGGCAUUUAAGCCACGAACGCAUCUUCACCGAGGAUCGUACCCGCUUUUAUGGGGCUGAAAUUAUCUCCGCCCUCGGCUACCUGCAUUCGCAGGGCAUCAUUUACCGCGACUUGAAGCUGGAGAAUCUUUUGCUGGACAAAGAUGGCCACAUCAAGGUCGCCGACUUUGGUCUGUGCAAGGAGGACAUCACCUACGGCCGCACAACGAAAACCUUCUGCGGCACACCGGAAUAUUUAGCUCCGGAAGUAUUAGACGACAAUGACUAUGGCCAGGCGGUGGACUGGUGGGGCACCGGCGUGGUUAUGUACGAGAUGAUCUGUGGUCGUCUUCCGUUCUACAAUCGUGAUCAUGAUGUGCUCUUUACAUUGAUUUUGGUGGAGGAGGUGAAAUUCCCACGCAAUAUCACAGACGAGGCGAAAAAUCUUCUGGCAGGCCUGCUGGCCAAGGAUCCCAAGAAGCGUUUGGGCGGCGGCAAGGAUGAUGUCAAGGAGAUUCAAGCACAUCCCUUCUUUGCGAGUAUUAACUGGUCAGAUCUGGUGCUGAAAAAGAUACCGCCGCCUUUCAAGCCUCAGGUCACGUCCGAUACGGAUACAAGGUACUUCGACAAGGAGUUUACGGGAGAGAGUGUGGAGCUGACGCCGCCGGAUCCCACCGGACCGCUAGGCUCCAUAGCCGAAGAGCCGCUUUUCCCGCAGUUCAGCUACCAAGGAGACAUGGCCUCCACGUUGGGCACCUCGUCGCACAUUAGUACUUCCACCAGUCUCGCAUCGAUGCAAUAGAACACGUUUACAAACUUUUACAAGCACACAUCAUGUUCUGCUUCAUCACCUAUUACUAUACUAUACCUAUACCAUAUAGAAAUGGGCAAAAGAAAACAAAAAGCAAGAAUAUAUUAAAUAAUAAUUAUACCAUGAUAACGAAGGCAAGCAAAGGGUUUUCUUGCUAGUUUAUAUACACCAAUAAUAAGAGAAUUGAAUUGAUAGUAACUUAUUUUUUUAUAACGAGAACGAGGGAACGAAACGCCGGCAGCGGAAGCCGAGGAAAAUAAUAUUUACUACAUAUGAUUAUACACAUAAAUAUAACACAAUAUAACA